UCUAAGAGAUGGAUGACAAUGUUCAGGGGACUGGAAAGAAUGUAGUGAUUGACAUUUGUGACGACUCUAGCAAUGAUGGCGAAAAUGACGAAAAACGGUUGGAUGAAUUAACGGAAGAAGAAGUUUAUCAAAUGACAUUUGACAUGCAUGAGGAUGGAGAAACAUUCUAUAAUGCAUAUGCCAAAGUGAACGGCUUUAGUAUUCGGAACUAUAAUAUGCAUAAGGACAAUGUUGGUAUCGUGAAGUCAAGAAAGUGGGUAUGCUCGAAAGAAGGAUAUAGAGACACUAAACACUUGGAGAGAGAAGAUCGAAUAAGAGGGCCGCAGGCACUUACUAGAGUUGGAUGUCCUGCUGUAUUUAGUGUCACAUUGGAGAGAAGUUCUGGCAAGUACUUGGUUAAUAACUUUGUGAGCUUCCACAACCAUCCCUUGAUAGGGCCUCGUGGUAUCCCUUUUCUUCGCUCUCACCGGAAGGUUAGUAGUUCUGAUAAAGCCUCGGCCAAUACUAUGCAUAAAGUUGGUAUUAAAACAAGUCACAUAAUGGAUUUUGCGGCACAACAAUCCGGUGGAUAUGAGUCUGUCGGAUACACGCAAAAAGAUCUUUACAAUCAUUUUACAGCUCAGCGCAAUAUAGAGGUUGCAGAUGGUGAUGCAGAAGGUGCCUUAGCCUACUUGUGUGCGAAAGCCGAAAAUGACCCCUUAUUCUAUUAUAAAUAUGACGUGGAUGAGCAAAAUCGGCUAAAUAAUCUGUUUUGGAGAGAUGUAACAUGUAGGAUAGAUUAUAUGUGUUUUGGAGAUGUGCUAAUAUUUGAUGCGACUUAUCGGUCGAAUGCGUAUCGGAAGCCAUUGGUGAUACUAGCUGGAGUUAAUAGUCACUUUCAAACAACAAUUUUUGGUUGUGCAUUGUUGACUACUGAGACUGUUGAGGCUUAUACAUGGGUGUUGGAAAGAUUUCUUGAUUCCAUGGACCACAAGAAGCCUGUGUCCGUGAUGACCGAUGGGGAUAAGGCUAUGCGGAGAGCAAUAAAAACUGUGUUACCUAAUGUUAAUCAUCGUUUAUGCAAAUGGCAUCUUAAAAAAAAUGCUGUCAGUAAUGUCCAUGUUCCCGGAUUCUUAGCUGACUUUGAGAAAUGCAUGUCAUUGUCAACUGAAGAAGAGUUUGAAGUUGCAUGGAAGAAUCUUUUGGAUGACUAUAGCCUUCACCAAAGCCAGUGGGCGGUAGAUGUUUAUAAAAAGAAGACCUUAUGGGCAGAGGCAUACCUGCGAGGUAUUUUUUUUGCGGGUGCAAAAAGCACACAACGUGUUGAGGGAAUGAAUGCAUACAUGAAUCGAUUCUUAAAACUACGUCUCAAGCUUUUUGAAUUCGUACAAGCGUUUGAUAGGGCUCUUGCAAAACUUCGUCAUAACGAGGCUAAGGGACAAGUUGAAAGUGUGAAUAGUACUCCGGUUCUUUCUACAUGCAUGAAACGAAUUGAAAAACAUGCGGCUGAUACAUAUACUCGGGGCAUAUUUAACAAGUUUCUCAAAGAAAUUAAGAAAGAGCAAUCAUUGUUUAAGGUGGAUAAAGUUGAGUUUGAAGAUUUUCGGAUUUACUACUUAUCUCGAUACCAACAGCCGGACGCCACGUGGAGUGUCAACUAUCAGCCGAAUGAUGGCAUCAUGAAAUGCUCUUGCUUGAAAUUUGAGUCAAUUGGGUUUCCAUGUCAGCAUAUGAUCUCAGUAAUGAAAAUGGAGCAUAUGAGAGAAAUUCCCUCUUGUUUGAUCUUACAAAGGUGGACAAAAACGGCGAAAUCCUUCCCUCUACAUGGCAGCACACCAAUGCCAGAAUGGGUCACGCAAACGACAAGGUUUGGGGCAUUGUCAAGCGCAUGUGUCGAAAUGUGUUAUUAUGCUUCUCACAUAACGAAGGGAUAUAAUGAGAUCAAAGAAGAAAUCACCAAGUUAACAUCCAGAAUGAGGGAGCUCUAUGUGUUACAUGUUGAGGAGGAGAAAAGAAAUAUGAGACAAAACGACAAUGUUGAGGGGACAUCUAUGCAUUUUGGUGUUGGCGACCCAGUCAUUAUCAAAGGUAAAGGGACCCAUAAUUUGGCCAAGGACUUCAUCCCGAAAAUAAGAAAAUGUGGCAAUUGUAGAGAACCUGGUCACAUAAGAACCAAAUGCCCCAAAUUAGUGCAUGGAGAUAAUGUGGGAAACAUGAAUGAGGAUGAAGACACAUAUGAAUCAGAUGUGAGCGUUAUUCACCAACAAUCAUUUACCGGGCGAGACUCAUCGAUAUAUCACCCAUCGUUUAUUCACACUGAUUACACAACCAAUGGUUGUGAAUCCAGUGUCAACCCUAAUUUGACUGCUAACUGGUCAAGAAAUUCCGAGAGUGUUCAAGCUCAGUUCUAUGGCAGCAACGUUGGAGGAUGGGAAGAUGAUUUCGGACAAGAUUUGUGAAGGAUAAAUGUAACCUUUAUUUGUAGUAAGGCAUUGAGUAG